AUGUCUAUCGGUGUGCCUAUUAAAGUAUUACACGAAGCCGAAGGCCAUGUAGUGACCUGUGAAACAAAUACCGGUGAAGUUUAUCGCGGGAAAUUGAUAGAAGCCGAGGAUAAUAUGAAUUGUCAGAUGACGCAGGUGACGGUCACGUAUAGAGAUGGAAGAGUUGCUCAGCUGGAAAAUGUAUAUAUCAGAGGAUCCAAGAUACGUUUUCUAAUAUUACCGGAUAUGUUAAAAAAUGCUCCUAUGUUUAAACGACAAGGGAAUAAACCCACGGCUGGGCGUGGGAAAAGUGCUAUAUUACGGGCUCAAGCUGCUGGUCGAGGUCGAGCAGGUGGCAGAGGGGGAGGGCACCGUGGAGGUUGGCAGGGAGGAUCCGGUCCUUCUAGACGA